AUGGCCGUCCAAGUUACGCGAGCACCAAAUUUACCUACCUUUGGCCUUGUUCUCGAUCCUGCCAUUGCUACCCAACGUGAAGCAUCAAACCAUACGCAGGGAGUCUCUCACUCCCUACCAUCUUUGCCUUUAUUUCUUGACGCACGAUCUCACGCACUUGUCGAACCACUGAAGGCUGCUAUUAUCGAUAAGACUAAGAAUGAAGAGUUUACUUACUCGGACCUCUUGAGCGAUGUUGCUGCUUUUAAGACAAAGCUCCAAGACGCCCUGGAGAUACAAAGCCAUUCAAACGUGGGAGUACAUCUAGAAGAGCCGAGGAUCGCCUUUCUUGUCCCAGCAGGAUAUGACUAUGUCGUUGCUCAAUGGGCUAUCUGGGCAGUUGGUGCCAUCUGCGUGCCGUUAUGUACAACUCACCCUCUCAGUGAACUACUUUACACAAUCUCGGACUCCGACCCUUCUUUGAUCAUCCUGCAUCCAUCCUUUCAAGGUCUGGAGGCAGGUUUCCGCAGCAAGGCUCAGAACGUCCCUCUACUCAGAUUCGACCCAUUGUCAAAACCCAGAACCCAAGACAACACUCGAAGCCUGCCAAAAUUCACAGCUUCUCCACUCUUAACACAACGCGCAUUGAUAAUUUACACGUCAGGAACCACAUCUCGGCCGAAGGGUUGUGUCACUACCCACGAAACUCUCACAUUCCAGGCACGAUCAUUAGUGCAAGCAUGGAAAUAUCAACGAUCUGAUCAUCUAAUACACAUGCUUCCACUGCAUCAUGUGCAUGGAGUCAUCAACGGCCUCACUGCAACACUUCUGGCAGGCGGGACAGUGGAGAUGUAUGCCAAAUUUGAUCCCAAAAUUGUGUGGGACCGAUGGACCGAAAAGGGGUCGACAACUAUGUUCAUGGCGGUCCCAACCGUGUACUCUCGACUAAUUGAAUAUUUCGACACCAAAAUCCGUGGAACUCCGCCAGAGUCUGCAGCCAGGCAAGGUGCAAAAGCUCUCCGUCUAACUGUUAGUGGCUCAGCGGCUCUUCCAGUAUCGACGAAGCAAAAAUUCCGUGAGAUUACAGGACAUGAGCUUUUAGAGCGCUAUGGGAUGACCGAGGUUGGAAUGGCACUUAGCUGUGGCCUUGACCCUGCGCAGCGCAUCAGCGGCAGUGUGGGCUGGCCUCUUCCGGGAGUUUCUGUCCGUCUUGUGGAUCCCGAGACAAAAGCCAUCAUCUUAUCUUCUGGCAAGGAUGAGUCUGGUCUGAUUGAGAUUCAAGGUCCCAAUCUAUUCGCUGAAUACUUCCGCCAGCCUGAAGCCACAUCCGAGACUUUCACCCCAGAUGGAUGGUUCAAGACCGGCGACGUGGCGAAGAGAAACACAGAUGGAGCCUACUUUAUCCUCGGACGAGAGAGUGUUGAUCUGAUCAAGAGCGGCGGGUACAAAAUCUCGGCCCUCGAGGUCGAAAGAAAGAUCUUGGGAAAUGCCGGCCUGGAACCCAUCAUUUCUGAAGUGGUCGUUGUAGGAGUGGAAGACCCAGACUGGGGACAGAGAGUAGCUGCCGUGGUGAAGACGAAACAAUCGGCACCACCCAUGGAUCUGGCAACGAUGCGAAAAUGCCUCAAGGAAGACAUGGCACCAUAUAAGAUUCCAACGAUACUCAAGCUAGUGGACAACAUCGAGCGGAACGCCAUGGGUAAAGUGAACAAAAAGCAGAUAAUCAAGCGAUAUUUUGGUCCCAAAUUGUAA